AUGUCUGUUCUCCGUGUGGCUGCGCGCCGUCUCCCUCGCGCCUCUAAGCUGGUCGCUUCGGUUGAGUCCCCGCUGCAGCGACGAUUCGCAGCUACCAGCGCUGCCCAGGCCAAGAAGGAUGUCUCCCUGCCAAACCCCGACCCUACCUCCGACUCCGUCACCGUCAAGUUUGUCAACGAGCGGGCCCCAUUCAUGGUGCCGACCUAUGUUCGCCCGGCUCCCAUGAUGAUGAAGGGACAGGGCUGCUAUCUGUGGGAUAUGGAGAAUCGUCGCUACCUUGAUUUGACCGCUGGUAUCGCUGUCAACUCUCUUGGUCACUGCGAUCCUGAGAUCGCUAAGAUUGUCGCAGAGCAGGCCGAGACUCUUAUCCACGCCUCUAACCUCUAUCACAACCCAUGGACCGGUGCCCUCAGCCAACUGCUGAUCAACCUCACCCGCGAGUCGGGUGCUAUGCGUGAUGCUUCCCAAGUCUUCAUUUCCAACUCUGGCACCGAGGCCAACGAAGCUGCCAUUAAGUUCGCCCGCAAGGUCGGCCGCACUCUGGAUCCCUCCGGUGACAAGCACGAGUUUGUCUCCUUCAACGGCUCUUUCCACGGACGCACUAUGGGCGCCCUCUCCGCGACCCCCAACCCCAAGUACCAAACUCCCUUCUCGCCGAUGCUCCCCGGUUUCAAGUACGGAGACUACAACGAUAUUGAGCAGCUGCAGACCCUCGUCACUGAUAAGACUUGCGGUGUGAUCGUUGAGCCCAUCCAGGGCGAGGGCGGUGUCAAUGUCGCUACCCCCGAGUUCCUGGUUGCCCUGCGCAAGCGUUGCGACGAGGUCGGCGCUGUCCUGAUCUUCGACGAGAUUCAGUGUGGUCUGGCUCGCACCGGCUCUUUCUGGGCCCAUGGCCACCCUUCCCUAGCCCCGGCUUCCGGCGAAGCUGCUCACCCCGAUAUUCUCACCUCCGCCAAGGCGCUUGGUAACGGUAUCCCCAUCGGUGCUACUAUUGUCUCUAGCAAGACCGUUGCCGACCACAUCAAGGCUGGUGACCACGGAACUACUUUUGGUGGUAACCCCCUGGCCUGCCGUGUGGCCUACCACAUUGUGGCCCGUCUUGCCGACCCUGAACUUCAAGCUGCCGUCAAGGAAAAGUCGGCCAUCUUCCACGCUGGUUUUGAUGCCCUGAAGAAGAAGUUCCCUGAUGCGAUCCAGGAGGUCCGUGGUCGUGGUCUUAUUCUUGGUCUCCAACUCACCCCGGCUGUGUCUCCUAAGGCCGCUGAUAUCAUUACUGCCGCCCGCGAGCGUGGCAUGCUUAUCAUCACUGCCGGUGAUGGCUGCAUCCGGUUCGUACCUCCUCUGACCAUCACCGAGGAGCAGAUCAAGACCGGUCUCAACAUUCUGGAGCAGGCUCUAGAUUCCGUUGUGGCCAAGUCUUAG